AUGCGAGAUGAGGGUGGUAUUGCAACAGUAUUACUAGAAAUUUUAUCUAAUAGAGUUUGUUUGUACUCUUGGGAAUCUAAUUGGUUACCAGGAUAUCAUAACUUACAUAAUGGUAAAGAGACUUCGAAGAGUUUUGUCAAUGAGUGGCUGGUGGAAAUGGAAGGUGGCGAAGAAGUCGCUCAGCUGGUGGCGUUAGAAUUAGGAUACGAAUUUGGCGGACCGGUGUUAGACUUUUCGAAUCUGUAUAUCUUUCGCCCAUACGAGCGAACUAUACAGCGUCGUACUCCAGGCAAAAACAUAUCCUCACUACACAAGGACAAUAGGAUUCGAUGGGCUGAGCAGCUUUUUAUUAAAAGUCGUGUUAAACGUUAUCCGCUACCCGAACCAGACGAGGAGUUACGUCGGGUAAAAAGAAUAGAUGAAGGUACCAGGUAUUCAGAACACGACGAAAGUAGCCGAGAUCUUCGUAGGAUCAAUCGUCUUUUUAAUGACGAAUUGUGGGGCUACGAAUGGUAUUUGCAAGACACUCGAACUGAUUUAAGUCUUCCUCGAUUGGAUCUCAACGUGUUACCUGUUUACAAAUUGGGAUAUAACGGACAAGGUGUACGUGUGUCUAUCCUCGAUGAUGGAGUUGAACACAAUCACACUGAUUUACGCGACAACUACGAUCCCGACAUAAGUUGGGACACUAAUGAUGGAGAUCCCGAUCCUUUUCCAAGGUAUGAUGCUAAAAACAGCAACUCACAUGGCACCAGGUGUGCUGGAGAGAUAGUAAUGACUGCUAACAAUAAGAAGUGUGGCGUGGGCGUAGCGUGGGGAGCAAAAGUAGGCGGAGUCCGGAUGCUCGAUGGACGAAUAACAGAUCGUAUUGAAGGUGAAGCAAUCGGGUACGCCUGGGAUAAGGUUGACAUUUACAGUGCUUCCUGGGGACCAAGUGACGAUGGGAAAACUGUGGAAGGCCCUGGACGGCUUGCUAUUGAGGCAUUAAAACGUGGCAUUGAAAAAGGUCGAGGAGGUAAAGGAAGUAUUUUUGUAUGGGCUAACGGUAACGGCGGUGGCCAUAACGACAACUGCAAUUGCGAUGGUUAUUCAUCGAGUAUAUAUACGAUAUCAAUUGGUAGUGCAUCUCAGCAAGGCCUGUUUCCUUGGUAUGGCGAAAUUUGUUCGUCUACCCUAGCCACUGCAUACUCUUCUGGUGCUUAUAAAGAUCAGAAAAUAGCCACUACUGAUACCAAAGAUUCGUGUACUCUUGCACACACGGGUACGUCAGCUGCAGCCCCAUUGGCCGCCGGUAUUAUCGCACUGGCACUACAUGCAAACCCAAAUUUGACUUGGCGAGAUGUACAACAUCUGAUUGUAUGGACUUCCGAAUACGCUCCACUUUCCGAAAACCCCGGUUGGCAAAUUAAUAGUGUUGGUUUAUGGUUUGAUGUCCGUUUUGGAUUCGGACUUUUAAAUGCGGGAGCUAUAGUUAGUGCUGCACUAAAUUGGACAACAGUUCCUGAUAAAUGCAUUUGCCGAGUUGACGCUUCUUCGUCAAAUAACAAAAAAUAUACGGUAUCAUAUCGAUUAGAUAAUAUUAUAGAAAUUGACGUCACAGGUUGUCUUGUCAACUAUAUAGAACAUGUAGAACUCAUCGUAAAUAUACAAUACACUCGACGUGGUGCAUUGGAAAUUUAUCUUAUAUCACCUCAAGGUACAGAGGUUCAAGUUCUUAGUUCCCGCCCAAGAGACAACUCGAAUGCUGGAUUCAUUAAUUGGCCCUUAAUUUCCGUAGCAACAUGGGGAGAGGCAGCAACUGGCAGAUGGAAAGUCAUAAUACAGGAUAAGACCAAUGAAGCAAAUACCGGUGAAAUUGGACCGAUCAGUCUGAUAAUCCAUGGUACAUCAGAAAUGCCAGCGCACAUGAAAAAUGGUCCAAGGAAGUAUAACGAUAACUAUAAUAACGAACGCCAGCCAGAAUUUGUCGAUUACCAUGAUAGAGGCGAGCCAUACUAUGACUAUGUUGAGCCGCUUAUACCAGAGCAGCAUAGUACGGAAGAGGUUCUCUUAUUGAACGAUAUUGAUACGAUCACGUUUGACGAAAUAGAAAAGGAACUAUUGAGAAAUCAUCACAGCAAAAACGCUUACCAACCUGUUCUUGACGUCUAAAAAUAAUUUAUUUACAAGUUUAAUUAUCAUCCGGCUUAAAGGUUAGUAAGUUAACCUCCUAUAAAGGUCUGUUGACUUAGUUUGUAUUUUAUUUUAUAUACUUUAUACUUAAUUUAUUACAUAAUAUUUUUAUAUAUUUAUUUAUAUUGUGAAAUUAUUUCUCAUUUAUGGGGUAUCUAAGUUUUUUUUGUAUGACUAAACAAGUAUUCACAUAUCAUUUGCAUUGGUUCUGUUAAUUUAUUAUUAAUAUUUAUCAUCAAAAUCUAGUCUUUUACGAUGUAUAAGUUAUAAAAGAGCACAUCAUGUCAAACAUGGUGUCUUUACGGUAAUUAGUUUUGUUUCAUUUCUUCUUAAAUGUACGUAGUAAUAUGUGUAUGUAAAAGCAAAUAAAUCUAUUUACAGCAA